GUUACUUGCCUGUAUAUAGAGCCUAUGGUGCUAAAAAUGUGUUUUUAAGCCUUUUGUUACGGUUUUAUCGGUAGGACACGCUGAGGUCGUUGCCAUAGCGACCGUAAACUUAGAGUUUCUCAAAAGGCAACUGGCGUUAGCUUAAUAGGCUAAUUUUAGGUUGAAAAACUAACAUAAUACCGGAUUUGCCUUUAGUCUGCCAAUUUCAAUAGGGUCUUCUUAUGAUAAUGGAAGCUAACCCUCGUGCUUUCGGGACAACAUCCAUGCCCCUCGCCUUACCCAAAGGGACGGAAAAGUUGUGUGAACUUUGUCAAGGAAGAGCUCACCUACAAUGCACCAAGUGUCGAGUCACCUUUUACUGUCAUACAGAGCACCAGCAGGCUGACUGGAUGGGGAUCCAUGAAAGAAUCUGUCAGCUGCUUGUUCCCAUUCGCGCUCCGACACUCUUUAGUCUCCGCUCUCGAGCCGGCAAAAUAGAAAUGCAGCUUAAAAAGGAGGAGCUGAUUGAGAUUUGCAGGUCGGUGGCUCAGAGUAAGCUGUCAGAGGGGAAACACCAGGAAGCUCUGCCUGCCGCCCAGUUCUACCUGCGCUGUUCCAUCGACAUCCACGGCCCCAGCUCUGUCCAAACGGUCCCUGCCCACCUGCUGCUGGCUGAGGCCAAUAUGGGUUUGGGUAAUCUAGCCCUGGUGGCGGAGCUCCUGUCAAAGGUAGAGUGGAUGGUGUUGAAGAACCCAGAAUGUGGUCCCUCGGUCCACCAGCGGCUGCACAGGAGCCUGGGCCGCCUCUACACAGCGACCGGAAACCUGGAAGCAGCUCUGUUCCACUUUGCAAAUGAUAUAUAUUUUUCCAGCGAGGAGUAUGGUCUGGAUAGCACGGUCACUGCUGGUGGCUGCUUCCUCAUGGCUGAUGUUUUUGCCAAACAGGGGAAGAUGCACACUGUUCGCUCCGUGUACUCUGAGGUGGCACAAACUUGGCACCGGCAUCUGACCAAACUCUUCAAGACCCACGUCGAAAAUAUGCAAAAUCUUGAUAUGUUGUUGAAGCCGUCUUAUGCCAAAGCCCAGCAGGUUGAAGUUGAUGAGAUUUUGAAGACAAUGUUGGAGUUUGUACAGAAUGACUUCAGAAAGGACUCAGCUCAGAUUGCACUGAUAGCCCACUGCCUGGCCAUGCUGUGGUUCCUGGGAGGAGACUCCCUAAAGGCACUGGGAUUUGGCAGCACUGCCCUGCAGGCCAGCCAGCUGAUACCAAACCAUGACCUGACAGAGCCCAUCCAGGGCCUGCUGCAGCUGGUGCAGAGUCCGCGGACAGAAUCACAUCCUGGUUCUGACUAGUCACCGUACCUGCCCUGCUGAUCCCUGUGCUUGGAGAUCUGCUCCAUCAGGACGUCUGUUUCACCCUACGCUAAUUCACCCAUGUGAACGAACAAACCACUGAAUUGGUAGAAAUAGUUUAUAACAAAAGAGCUUAUGAUGUAAUUUAGCGUUCAUCCAGAUAUUGUAUAUAUAGGCAAUGUAGCACAUAAUGACAAUAUAUUGUUGGGUUACAUAUCGUUUUAACAUUGAAAUGCUCGAUAAAAGCAGUAAAAGGAGGAGAGGACACAUUUUCAUUGCUUUUGAAUAAUGACUCAUCUUUAUUUGAAUCUAAAAAAAGAGGGAUAUAUAUUUACAUCAUUUUGCACAUAUGUGAAUUACAUGUAUUUGGGAUCCUUUUUGAACACUGUCAGAAUGAUACAGAACAGAAUAAUGGUGAGGGCAUUUGCUAACAACCAUUUUUAAUGCAAUGUUUUUGCUUAAUUCGUACCUAGCAGUCCAUAACUUCAUCAUCAAUUCACCAUAUGCAGAUAUAAUUAAAUGUCUUCUAAUGUCUAUAUUUUAACAGAGCAUAAACAUUGCAUUUUCUUUCUGCAAAUCAAAGUAUAUUGUAAACCUUUAAGCAAAUCUCAUGUCUGUUGUAAAACACAUGGACAUAAAAUGAACCCAGUAAUUGCUGUGAAAUCCUACAUAUUAUAUACAAUUCUGAAACAUUUAUUCAUUAUAUCAAAACAAAGAAUCACUUUUAAAAUCAUCUUACUACUAGUGUUACUAGUACUGAUUUAUACAACAAAAUGUUUGUUUUUUUGGCAUUCAGAUUCAUUUUUAUGUGUCGAGAGGCAGCAAAGCAUGGAAACGCUUAGGUUUCCGUGUAUUCCCUUUUUAAUUUUUUGAGCCAAAUAUACAUUAGCAGCAGUUUGGAAUUAAAUAGUAACUUUGUGCUCUGUUGCGUUGCUGUACACAGUGACGAGUCCAGAGGUCCCUACACGUUUGUUCAAGGCUGACCAGGCACCACACGGGCCAGAGUACUUCCGAUCAUUUUGUGAUUUACACACCAACCUCCUUCCUUCCCUGUGUCACGAGCAUGCGGUACCCGUUUUCUUUCAAUAUGCCUUGUAUCCACUUUAUCAUGGCCAUUGAUCUAUAAAUACCAAGCAGAAAGAAACCCACCUGACCCGGGAUCUUGACUCAACUAUGAUCCUUAAAAUCCCAGAGAAACCAGACAGUGAAAAGGCCUUGUGAAAGUUGUUGGGGCGCAGUAAAAUGAACCUGAAAUGGCUGGAUGUGCUCUGUGUGCAUAUGGAUGAUGUGUAAACUACAGACUGAAAAAACAGGGCUGUAAGAGAGAUAUGAACAUUUCAUUCUGUCCUAUGGCUGGCUUUUUAGUGUUUUGAAAGGAUAUGUGAUCUUUGAUUUACACUCACGUACACAAUGUAGAAUGACACAGGCUUCAAUACAAAGACUUAAAAAAGGGGGACAACAACAACUGGAGAUAGUUCACUCAUAUUAGCUUUUAUGUUGGGAUGUGACUUGUUGGUGAUCAAGCCCACGUGCCUUUGCAUGUCAGGAGAAUGGACAUGAGCAGAUUCACAGUUUGUUUUUCAGAUACUUUCAUUAUAUAGAUACCAGACAACAUCACAGUAGUGUAAAUGGUGUUACUGUCUCAGUGGAGCCAAUGUGAUUACUUGACGGCAGAUUUUAAAUAUAAAAGCUGCAUUUACUGUUGUCUGGCCGCUUUAAAUUUGGCACCCCAAAGCAGGCCCCUGUUAGAUUCCAGGCAGUUAGUAAAUAUGGGCCCACAAUAAAGGAAAUAAAAUCAAGCUUCACAGCGGUUUCAUUUUAUUGAGACAAUAUUAGUGCACACAAACCACUUUUUUCUCUUUAAAAUACCAUAAAUUAGGAAGAAAACAAGGAACAAUAUAAAACAAGCAAGGAAAAAAAGUGCAUGUUAACCAUGGUAUACACCACAUUGUCUUAUAUUGUAGUUUAGAACCUUUUUUUCGUUGUUGUUUGUGUAUCUUUUUGUCUGCCUGUGGGGCUAUGUGUAAUGUUUUUGACAUGUCUCCAGCUUGGAUGAAUAUGUCAUGCCUUUGGGGGUCAGGGGUGAGAUCCAGGCUGCUUCCCUGAGUUGUGUUCAACAGAAAGGGCUAUGAGUCAAAAAACAUGGACGUCACUACGUUGAACAACGUAAGGUUUACAUUUGUGCUUUUGAUUGGAGCUGUAAAUUAUUUUUGAUGAAUGGCAUUAGCCUCCCUCGGUGUUGAUUUCAGAAGGCAUACAAGAGGUAAAUCAACAGGAACAAAAACCGUAAGCAAUAAGCUUUUG